UGUACAGUACUUUAAAGGAAAUAUUGUGGAAGGCGAGACAGUGAUCGUUCUUAGCGUCACUAGGAUCAAAAUACUCCUUUUAGAUGUCGCUGCUGUGGCUGUUGGUGGCUGUCUGCCUGCGGACAACGUUUGCGGAGGUGUCCGUCGUGCAUUCGGGCCCAGCUGAGCCUGAAACUGCGUAUGGAUCUUCAUCUCUGAACUUUGGAUUGCGUGAGCCACAGCAGUCUUACGGCGUUUCUCAAUAUGCAACUCCAGAGAAGGGCUACCUGCCGGUAUCUUUCACCCCUCCGGAGGACAACGGCUUCGGCUUCGAAACGGGCUAUCAGGGCCUUCUGGUCCCAGCCUUGGAAGCCACGACCGCCGUGGCAGGCUCUUCAACUAAUCCUCUGUCGGCCAUCAAUCCUUUAUCUGCUAUUUUAAGUGCUUCCUCCGAUAUUCUGGCAAACACAGAUUUGUCCACAAUAUACCCAUUAUUUUUUGGUAACUCUUCCAUUUUGACCAAACCUUGGUUUUGGGCAAUUGCCCCCAAAAUUGCUACUUCAUUCUUGAAGAAAAUAGGAAGCUUACUACUCAGAUUCGCCUUUAUGGUAUUCUUAGGGGGUGGUUUCACAGUCGCAGUUUGUACAUUCACUCCAAUCUGUACCUUGUCUUUCCUUGGUUUUGGUUUUAGCCGAAGAAGUAUAACAGAUUCAAUGCGAAACUAUAUUUCCCAGGAUCGACUGAACGCAGUAACGGCCUACGUAUUGGAAGCCAUUGAACGAUACAGGCAUAUGCAAUCUCGUCACAAUGAUAAAAAAUCCUUUCAAAAAGACGACCCUACCAAGAAACCCCUAGAAGAUAUUACCAAGAACGCAAAAACUGAAGAAGUUGUUACUGCAUCUCCUUUCAAUCCUCCUUCUACUGUCACCAAAAAUAAACACUCAUACAACACAGGCAAAUCACUAGAGAAAGAGGGUAAUCAUAUUUUUUCUGAAGAGAAAGUAAGAAAAUAAUUGAAAAUCAUUGAAAAUAAUAGUGUAUAACGCGCCUGAUUCAUACAAUAAUUGUAGCAAUAAUGGUA